ACCAAAAAUGUUUCGUCCGAUCUGCCAGCGGGUAACUCGCUCGUUGCUGGUGGUCCCCAAAGCAUCUUAUCAAAAUUUUGUAAUGUCUGAUGUGCUGGCCCAGAUGGAAAGGGAGUGCGAACUUUAUUGUCCAACACCUAGGUUUCCGCCACAAAAGGUGACAGUGAUAGGGGCAGGCAGUGACGUAGGCCGUAUCGCAAGUCUAUUCCUGAAACAGCAGAAAUUGGUCAAGAAACUCGCCAUGUACGACGACUAUCCUGAGAGGAAGGUUCUCGGCGUGGCCAACGAUGUAGCCCACAUUGACACUAGCACCCAAGUUGAGGCGUUUCAGGGGAAGGCCUAUUUGAGGGAUGCGCUUCAUGAUGCAGAUGUGGUGCUAAUCUGUGGCGGCUGCUACGUCAUGCCUCCCUGCUGCAACACUCCAGACCGGGAGAUCUUCUUCCAGAACAUGCAGAUGGUGCGCACCACCACCCUCGCAUGCGCACAGUUCUGUCCGCAAGCAAUCAUUGCCGUGCAAACGCCGCCAGUCGAUUGCAAUUUUGCGCUGUGCGCAAAUACCAUGAAAAUGGCUGGGAAGUACGACCGUCGGCGCGUGCUCGGCGUGAACGCGAUCAACGCCAUGCGUGCCAAUCAGCUGUUCUGCGCCAUCACCGGUUCGGACCCCACCGGCUCCAAUACGCCGGUCGUCUGUGGAACUGGACGCUGCACGCGCGUACCCGUCUUCUCCGCUGCUAAAACUGGCAAUAUCCCUCAAACCCAGGUGGACUGCCUGGUUCGGCUGGUGCGCGAAGCAGACGAGAUCAUCUGCAAGGUGAAGAGCAACAACGAGCAGGGCCACCUGUCCAUCGGCUUCUCUACGGCCAGAUUUGUUGUUAACAUUAUGAAAGGUCUAUUUGUAAGUCCGACAUUCAUAGACAGCGCACUAGUAGAACAGAACGACCCUGAGAAGUGUUACGGCAUGUCCAUCUGCGCCACCCCUAUCACCGUUGGCAAGGGAGGCAUUGUGGAAUAUGCUGUGCCUGAACUUAAUGACGCUGAGAAAAGACUGCUGAUUGACAGCAAAUGUGAUCUAGAAGACAUGCUGAGCCUGGGCCGAUGCUAUGCGACCGGCGAUGACUACUGCUUGUCGGACUGCAAGUAUUACAAGGUACAUGCGUCCCCACCGUGCCCUGUGGGGAAGCCGUGUAAACCUGCUGAGAAAUAA